AUGUCGGCAUCAUCCUCUGCAAACACCGGCACCAAGAAUGACCAGGAUGCCAGCAACAAUAACAACAACGACACCGCCUCGGGCUUCUCGUCGCCCCACCAGCGCUCCGAGUCGAGCCAGUCGCAGAGGCAGGGCCGCAACCAUCACCGCCACCCUAGCGGCGGUCCAGGCGUAGGGCCCGGAACCGCUUCAACCGCAGAGGCUUCCCAGACGAGCGCACAGCGCGCCGCCCAAAAGGCCCUCGAAAAGGAGGCCGCAGCGGCCCACGCCGCCCUCUCGCGCUCCUCGUCGGUAAAGAGCGGCGCACGAAGAAUGAGCGGCAGCCCCGGCGUCUUCUCCACCGCUUCCCCCAGGCACCUCUCCCACUCGUCGCACGGACACUCGCGCCCUGCACCCUUCCCCCAGGUCUCAAACAGGGAGGCCUUUGACAUCGCAGUCGCCUCGUCCAACCUCGCACAGUCCUCCGACGGCCUACAGGCGCUCCUCCGAGAUCACCCGGAACUCGUAUCCAGCAGCCUCGCCGCCGCUGCCGGCCCCAACCUCGCGAGCUCCCAGAUGAGCGCGACCGGCGGCUUCUCGACGCGCUCCGGCAGCCGCGGCGGCAGCAAGUCGGGCAGCAUGCCCAGCACCCCCUUUGAGCGCGCCGAACACCACGGCGACAGCAGCGGAUACCUCGCCAUGGGCGGUUCCCUGGCCGGUUCGGUUCACCGCUCCGGGCUCUCGACGUCGGCCGAGGCGCCGGCGCCUGCGGCGUCGUCGUCGUCCAACACGAGCGGCACCGUGCUCCACGGCGCUCCAGAGGUUGGCGAGGGAGGCCACUCGGGAGGCGGCAGCAGCGGUCUCGGCGCCGCCCUGGGCCUCGGCCAGGGCAUCCGCACCGGCAUCUCGACGCCCAACCUCGGCGCGACGGGGGCCAAGCCCGACUACUCGGGCGCCAAGAUUGUCGUCUGCAUGGUCGGCCUGCCCGCCCGCGGCAAGAGCUACGUGGCCAACCGCGUGCUCAAAUACCUCCGGUGGCUCGAGUACGACGUCAAGGUCUUCAACGUCGGCCAGCUGCGGCGCGCUCUGGCCCGCACAAAGUUCCGGCAGUCGGGCGUCAAGGAGGACCACACGCACAACUUUUUCGACCCGUCGAACCCGUCGGCGUACAAGCUGCGCUCCCAGAUGGCCGAAGAGUGCCUCGAGCAGCUCAUCGGCUGGCUCAAGCGCGGCGGCAACGUCGGCAUCCACGACGCCACCAACAGCACAAAGGCGCGCCGCAAGGAGAUUGCCGACCGCAUCGCAAAGGAGCCCGACCUCAAGCUCGUCUUUCUCGAGUCGAUCUGCACCGACCCGGCCGUCAUCGAAAAGAACAUUGCCGUCAAGGUCAGCAGCGGCGACCCGGACUACGCCGGCAUGACGCCCGAGGCAGCCAAGGCCGACUUCUUGGCGCGCAUCAAGCACUACGAGGAGGGCUACGAGCCCGUCAACGCCGACGGCACCGAGUCCGACUACAGCUACGUCAAGGUCACCGACGUCGGCAAGUCGGUCGUCAUCAACAAGACGCAGGGCUACCUCGAGUCGCGCAUCGCCUUUUACCUCAUGAACCUGCACCUGACGCCGCGCAACAUCUUUUUCUCGCGCCACGGCGAGUCGCAGUACAAUGUCGAGGGCAAGAUUGGCGGCGACUCGUGCCUGUCGGAGCGCGGCAUGGCGUACGCCAAGGCGCUGCCGCAGCUGAUCCAGGACAACAUCGGCGAUGCGCCCCUGACCGUGUGGCACAGCACGCUCAAGCGGACGGGCCAGACGGCGUCGUUCCUGCCGUACCCCAAGCUGGCGUGGAAGUCGCUCGACGAGCUCGACGCGGGCGUGUGCGAUGCCAUGACGUACGAGGAGAUUGAAAAGUACUACCCCGAGGACUACGCGUGCCGCGACGAGGACAAGUUCAACUACCGCUACCGCGGCGGCGAGUCGUACCGCGACGUCGUGGUGCGGCUGGAGCCCAUCAUCAUGGAGCUGGAGCGGCAGGAGAACAUCCUCAUUAUUGGCCACCAGGCCAUUAUCCGGUGCCUCUACGCCUACUUCCACGCGCUGAGCCAGGAGGACCUGCCCUACAUCAAGAUACCGCUGCACACCGUCAUCCAGCUGACGCCCAAGGCGUACGGGUGCGACGAGAAGCGCUUCCAGCUGCCCAUCGAGGCCGUCGACACCCACCGCCCGCGGCCGCCCAAGCCCGACGUGGCCGACGACCUGCCGCCCAGCCCGCCGCUGGACCCGCUCGAGAGCGCCGCGACCAGCCAGCCGCCCAGCCAGGUCCGACCGCCCGGACCUGCCGAGUGA